CACCAUAGUCGCUCACAGAUCACCUACCGGACUUGACACAGCACUGAACUCGCUCAGUAUCCCAACGAUCCUCUUCGAGAAAGGUUGUGAAGCAAAGACUUGCUGUACGGACCUGUACGUAACACGAAUAUGAAGUUUUUCGGGUUUGCCUUACUUGUACUGGUCGGGAUUCAUUUGGCCAGUGCUGUACGUACGAAGUGCGGGGAGUCCUUCAAUAACGAGUACAAGAAUAAGCUAGAGUCCUACUGGAAAUUUGGCAAGCAAUACGACUAUUUCGGCAAAGUUUCCCAGGAACAUCACCUCUGUAGAACUGGCCCCAUGGAAAGCCUGGAAGGGAAGAUCAAUGAACAAAUCAAUAAAGAACUCUUGGCGCACUACACUUAUACGUCUAUUGCUGCCCACUUUGGUCGAGACGACAUCUCUCUCCCUGGGUUCCAGAAAUUUUUCAAAAAGGCAGCGGCAGAAGAGGCAGAGCAUGCGCAAAUGUUCAUGGAAUACCAAAACAAAAGAGGUGGACAGAUCAAGCUCCAACAGAUUCCUGCUCCUUUCCGCCAACAGUGGGGCAGCGGUUUGAUGGCAAUGGAGGAUGCGCUUUGUCUCGAAAAGCAGAUUCUUGACUCACUAAAGAAGGUUCACAGAGCUGCAGAAAAUGCGAAUGAUGUCCAGAUGAUGGAUUUUAUUGAAGGGAACUUCCUCAACGAACAAAUAGAGGGUAUCAAGAUUCUAUCAAACUACGUCAACACUCUCAAACGUGUUGGUGGCGGUCUGGGAGAAUAUGAAGUUGAUAAGAACUUACUCAAUCAGAAAUAAGCGUCCAGCACGCAAAAACAGAAGCUUCAUAAUGUGAUGUAAAAUUAAUGAUUUCUGUUUGUUAUGGGGUUCAAUUACUGAAAUAUAUUUGCAUAGUUUUCAAAAUAAAAAACUUGGAAUGGUGAAA